UGUACACUCGUCAAAUGUAUGCUCCCAUACCUUGCUGGAUUAUAUGACUUCUGUCAUGAAUUCAUACAUUAUAUUUGGAAUUAUAUCACAUCUUUUUAAUGGGAUUAAAGUCAGGGUAUAACAUAUUUUUGGAGGGGCUCUUGGUAUCUGCAAGGGAAAUUCCGAGUCGGUUUUAUUCCAUAUAAACGAUGGAAUUAAAGCGAUUGAAGAAAGUUGACAUUUUUUAAGAGCGAUUGUUUGCUUUGGAUUCACAGCAUGGAAAGAUAAAAAUAGUCCUACAGCUGAAGAAGGCGAACAUAAUUGGGAAUAUACAGGGAGAGGAAAUGCACGGCGCCUGGAUUCUCCUCAUUCUGAUUGAAGAAGGCUUUGCAUUGGCACAGAAAACUAAAGAGUCUCAGAAUGUGGGUCAGACUAAAACCACCGGUCAGUGUGGCACCUGGGUCCGGGAAACCAAUGGAGGGCUGUUUACCUCCCCAAACUACCCCAACACCUACCCCCCAAACAAGGAAUGUGUUUACAUCCUGGAAGCACUCCCCCGUCAGAGAAUUGAGCUGGCUUUCGACAAGACCUACUACAUCGAGCCCUCCUUUGAGUGCCGCUUUGACCACAUUGAGGUGCGAGACGGUCCCUUUGGUUUUUCACCCCUCAUCGACCGCUUUUGUGGGCCCAAAAGCCCGGGUGUGGUCACCUCCACAGGGCGUUUCAUGUGGAUCAAGUUCACCAGCGACGAGGAGCUGGAGGGUCUUGGCUUCCGUGUCAAAUACGCCUUCAUUGCAGACCCAGAUUUUCAUCUCCAUGUGGGAGGAAUAUUAAAUCCAAUUCCAGACUGUCAGUUUGAGCUGGGAGGUGCAGAUGGGAUUAUUCGCUCCAGUCAGGUGGAGGAGGAGGAGAAGAUCAGGUCUGGUGAUGCAGUGGACUGCAUCUGGACAAUACGUGCUCCACCCAAAUCCAAGAUCUAUCUCCGUUUCCUGGAGUACCAGAUGGAGAACUCCAACGAGUGCAAGAAGAACUUUGUGGCAGUGUAUGACGGCAGCAGUGCUAUUGAGAACCUGAAGGCCAAGUUCUGCAGCACUGUGGCCAAUGACGUCAUGCUCGAUAAUGAAGUGGGCGUGGUCCGGAUGUGGGCAGACGAGACCAGCAGGCUUAGCCGCUUCCGGAUGCUCUUUACCUCUUUUGUUGACCCUCCUUGUAUUGGCAAUACUUUCUUUUGCCACAGCAACAUGUGCAUCAAUAAUACUCUGGUCUGCAAUGGGGUGCAAAACUGUGUCUAUCCUUGGGAUGAAAACAACUGCAAGGAGUAUUUUCCUCUUCCUGCAGAGAAGAAAUCCAAAAGCUUUUUCCACCAGAUCACCAAAACACAUGGUACGGUCAUCGGCGUGUCCACUGGUGUGGUCCUGGUCCUCCUCAUUAUCUCCAUCUUGGUCCAGAUGAAACAGCCACGGAAGAAGGUGGUGGCCCGCAAGCCUGUGUUCAACAAGGCUGGAUUCCAGGAGGUUUUCGAUCCACCACACUAUGAGCUCUUCUCCCUGCGUGACAAAGAGAUCUCCUCAGAUCUGGCCGAGCUUUCAGAGGAACUGGAGACUUACCACAAGCUCCGUCGCUCCUCCACGGCCUCACGCUGUGUCCACGAGCACCACUGCGGCUCGCAGGCCUCCAGCAUGAAGCAGAGUCGCACCACCCUGGGCUCCAUGGAGCUGCCCUACCGCAACGACUUCCCUCAGCCACCACCCAUGAAGACCUUCAACAGCACCUACAAGAAGAGCUGCUAUGGCUACAAGCAGGCGCAUGAUUGUGCUGAGCAGGUCAUUGAGGACCGCGUCAUGGAGGAGGUGCCCUGUGAGAUCUAUGUGCGUGGGGGUGCUCACAGCAAUGGCAGCGACAGCAUCCAGCAGCGCUCCAUGUCAAUGGACUUUUGAGAAGAGGGAUGGGGGGAGAGGAAUAAGAAAUUUGAUGUGCCCUUCUUCUUUAUUCCAUCGCUCCUUCCAGUUCCAUGUCACAUGGUGAGGAGUGCCAUCUGUUGAAGCACCCAACUCUGUGAGCCUGAGAACUGGAAACUGCAAUUCUGGAGAAGCAAAGGCAACAGCAC